AUGUCGGACGCAGCUCGAUGGAAGGCGACCGUCUACGUUGGUGGACUCUCCCAGAUGGUCACCACAGGUCACAUCCUUGACGCCUUCAUCCCCUUUGGAGAGAUUGUCGACUGCAAGUUGCCAAAGCCCGAAGCACCAAACUCUGGAGAAGCCCAUAGAGGGUUCGCAUAUGUCGAGUACGAGGACGCCGCCGAUGCGAAGGAGGCAAUCGACAAUAUGGAUCAGUCGGAGUUUUUCGGAAGGAUCCUCAAGGUCUCACAAGCCAAGGCACCCAAGAGCGCCGACGAAGGACUGGGCAGUAAGACCGCUAUCUGGGAAAAGGAAGGUUGGCUGGCCGAGCAUGCGGCGGAUGAGAAUGACAGGCUUGGAGAUGAUGCAAAGGUAGUGCCAGAUUCUGGCCCUGACCCCAUGCAAGGGUUGGAGGGACUCGACGUUGCAGGGCCGAAACCUGAGUGA